AUGGCUGAAGUUGUCGAGAUGAGAUGGGAAGAGUCGUCAUAUUCGAGGUAUAAAUGCGUUCAGGUUCUUCGAUGUGACCCUUCGAAUAUGAAUAUGUCUAUUCUGGCUGUUGCAAAAGUUGUUAUUGCGGCAACUCCAGCAGAGUGGCGUUCGCAAUCGAUAUAUUUCCUUCUCACGGACAGGUUUGCAAGAACUGAUGGCUCCACAACUGCUCCAUGCAACCCUGAAGAUCGUAGAUUUUGCGGUGGGACCUGGCAAGGAAUCAUCAAGAAGCUUGAUUACAUCCAGAAAAUGGGGUUUACUGCUAUAUGGAUUACUCCUGUGACAAAACAGUUCCCCGAGAGGUCGGGGUAUGGAGAGGCGUUCCAUGGAUAUUGGCAACAAGAUUUGUAUGCCGUGGAGCCCCAUCUUGGGUCUGCAGAGGAUCUCAGGGCAUUGAGCGCAGCACUACAUGAACGUGGGAUGUAUCUCAUGGUCGACGUAGUCGCGAACCAUAUGAUGUACAGAACAUUUUCAACACCUGGAUUUCCGCCCUUGUUUCCAACUAUUCUAGUGGGUGAUAUUCCCGAAUACCUUCCGUUUCGCCCUCUACUUGUUCUUGCUGCUCAAAAUACCCUAGUCUUGGAACUAACAAUUACUGCAGUCGACGGUCUUCGAAUCGACACUGCGAAGCAUGUACGGAAGCCAUUCUGGAAGGAGUUCAAUCUUGCCGCAGGAGUAUAUUCCAUGGGUGAAGUGUAUCACGGUGACCCAGGGUACACCUGUGACUACCAGAAGUAUAUCGAUGGUUUAGUGAAUUACCCAAUGUACGAUCACGGAUACAUUGCCAAUGGCUAUUACCCUCUCAUUGAAGCCUUUAAAUCACCAGGCGGCAAUAUGGCAAACCUAUACAAUAUGAUCAAUACAGUGAAGGACAAUUGUCCAGACUCCACACUGAUAGGCACCUUCUCAGAGAAUCACGACACUCCAAGGUUCGCAAAUUAUACCAACGACAUGUCUCUCGCUAAAAGUGUCCUGGUCUUCACGAUCCUCGCAGAUGGAAUUCCCAUAGUCUAUGCUGGCCAAGAACAGCACUAUGCAGGCGGAAAUGAUCCAUACAACCGUGAAGCAACCUGGCUGUCGGGCUAUAACACUGAAAGUCCUCUAUUCAAGCUCACGGCAAAAGCCAAUAGACUCCGGAAGAAAGCGAUCGCAGACGAUGUCAACUAUCUUACAUAUAAAAACUAUCCCAUCUACCAAGACCAAAACACCAUUGCGAUGCGCAAAGGUUUCGAUGGCAAACAAAUUAUCACUGUACUCUCUAACCUUGGCUCUGGCGGGGCUUCUUACACGUUGCAGCUGGGUGGUACCGGCUAUCCGGCCGGCAUGCAGGUUACUGAUGUUUACACAUGCACGUCUUCUGUGGUGGGUUCUAAUGGGCAGCUACCAGUGCCUAUGGGUGCGGGAGAGCCGAGGAUCCUGUACCCAAGUGAGAGGCUUGUUGGGAGUGGGAUAUGCGGUUGA